AUGACACACUCCAUUAAGAUUACCUCAAUAAAUAAUCAAAUUCCAAUGGUAACUAUGGAGGAGCCAAAUGAGAUAAAAGAAGGGAAGAAAGUGAUGCAUCAAUUAAUCGACAAAAAGGAAACAAAUGAUCAAGAUCCAUCAGGGUCGCAAACAAAGAAAUGUAUAAAUCAAAUCUUUGAUGAAAUGUUUGAGGAUUUAGACAACUCAUCUAUUAAAUCGUGUAUCAUAUUCAAAGUAAACGUGUGGCUACGUGAAUCAAAUCCAGAUGCUUAUACACCAAAAAUGGUCUCUAUUGGUCCUUAUCAUAAGAAAAAUCCUCAACUUGGUCCAAUGGAAAAGUACAAGCUAUUGUACCUAUGGCGAUUUCUUCAACGAAAAGAGGGGCUUGAUGUGAAAAGUUGCAUCACUUAUUUGGAGCAUCUGAAGGAGGAAGCACUAAAGUGUUACGAUGAUAUAAAAGACCUCGAUACUGAUGGUAGUCAUGAAUUUUGCAAAAUGUUAUUGCUUGAUGGUUGUUUUGUGGUUGAGUUUAUUCGAGAGUGUUCUGAAAUAUAUCCAAAAGGAGAAGAAAAAAUUAUCAGUUUUGUUGAUUACAAAUUUAAUCAAAUACUCCGAGACUUGUUGUUACUAGAAAACCAACUUCCUUUCUUUAUCCUCGACUGGCUUCAUUUAAUUACCAUGCAAGAUGAUGAUGAUGAAUUGUCAUUGGAAGAACUAUCGAUCACUAUGUUUAGUCGUGUUGUUAACUUGGGAUAUAUAUUGACUUGUGAUGAAUACCAUUUGAAGAGAUGUCGAAUUUAUGCAAGUGAUAUGAAACAUUUACUUCAAGUAGUACACGGUGUUUCAUGUCAAAGGAAUUUCAAGAUAUGCUCAAACGAUGACAUAAAGUGGAAUAAGGUCAUGCCAAAUGCAACAGAGCUUUCUGAAGCUGGAGUUAGCUUUGCAAAGGUCAGUAAUAUGACAAGUUUAUUUGAUAUAAAGUUUGAGCAUGGAUUGAUGACAAUACCUUCUCUUCAUGUGGUAGAUAGUACGGAAACCCUCUUGCGAAAUCUCAUUGCUUAUGAGCAACAAUCAAUUGAUUUAGAAUAUUUAUAUUUCAGUGAUUAUGCAACUUUCAUGGAUCAUCUUAUCAACUCAGAUAAAGAUGUGAAAUUACUUCGCCGUAAAGGAAUCAUAAAGAGUUGGAUAGGAGAUGACAAAGAAGUAGCUAGCAUCUUCAACAAAAUGAGAAAUGGGGUCCGUUCUUAUUCAACCUUCUAUUACCACGAACAGUACACAAGAGCAUUUCAACAUUGUAAAAAACCAUGGAGCAAAAUGAGGGCAAAUGUGAUGCACAAUUAUUUUAGUAGGUCUUGGGCAAGAGCUUCAGUUGUGGCAGGCAUUAUACUCUUCAUACUCACAACUAUACAGACUAUUCUAGCUAUCACAAGUGCCGUUAAGUAA